CAACAGGAUCAAAUGUCUGGAUUGCUAUAUAUGGGUAGAUCAAUGGAUGUACCAUCGGAUCAACUUGGAAAUUUACUCGACAAUUACUUGGACAGUGUGCUUGAUCAAUCAUCCCUCUUGGACCUUGCCGACGAAAUCGAGUUGAAUCGACAGAAACGCCCAUCGGCAAGUGUUCGGCACGAAUCGUUCAGAUUAAACUCCAAUUAA